AUGAUAUCGAUUUAGAAUUAGGUUAAAAAAAGGAUGAAAAAAUAUAAAAGGCAUUUUUUGCUUAACAUAUAAAUCGAUAUUUAUAAUGCAUUUGCUAAUGAAGAAACAGAAAAAUUAAAUUAAAAAGAAAAUGAAGACCAUCCAUUUGUUGAAGUUGAAACAGAAACUCAACCAGAAGAAAUGCCUGAUGAACUUGAUAAUUAAUUAUCUGGACUUAGAGAAGGGCUAGAAGGAAUUGAUUUUUCUUUAUUUUUUGAUGAGUAUGCUAAACCUAAUGAACUGGUUGUAAAUCCAGAACCAGAAUAAUAAUUGGAUUAAGAACUGAUUUAAAAUAAAAAACCUUAAUAGAAAUAUGAAGAACCAAAAGAAUUUAAAUAGCCUAAAGAGAAAAUAGAAGAUGUAAUGAAAGACCUUUAAAUAACCAAUGAUAUCACUUCAUCAGAAGAUGAGAAAAUAUUAAUAAGCUAACUCAAAUAGAAAUCAGCAGAGUUAAAAUAGAAAUUAUAAGAUUAAUAUGAGAUUGUUCCCAAAUUGGAAUAAGCCAAAAAAUAAACUGAAGUGUCAAUACAUCCUAUCGAUGAAUAAUAUCCAAAAAUUGAAUCUGAUUCUAAAAUAGAUUAUGAAGUAGAAAGUAAAUAUAUGGAAUGGUCAAUGAGUUAAGAUUAAAAAAUAAAAAAAAUAGGAUUAGAUUUGACAGAAGAUGACCUUAGGAAUCCAAGAUUCUCAUUGUUAUAAAUGGAUUAAAAGUCAGAGCUAGAUAUUUAGAAAUAAAUUAAUGAUUUCUUGGGAUUAGAUGACAUAUCAUUUGUAAUGAUAAAGCAAAAUCUAAGAAGAAGAUGA